AUGACUCUGGACAGCGAGCGGAAGGAGCAGAUGGAGCUGCUGUGGCAAACACUGAUGGAGCUGGGGGAGGACGAGUUCGAGAAAUUCAAGUUCUUUUCGGACCUGCCUCAAAGGGUACGUGAACAUGCCGACCGGGUGGUCAUUGCUGACGAGCUGAUGAAGAAGCACGGCAAGAACGCUCUCAAGCAGACCAUCAACAUUCUGGAGAAGAUCAAUCACCUUAACUCGGCUGAGAUGUUGCGCAACAACAUGCUGGAAAUAACAGGCGCCGACUUCUCUGUCCAUGGUGAUGAUCAAAUUGCCAGAUUGAAGAGGGAGCUCCAAGACCACCUGCGGCGUUUAUACAGCUUUGCUUCUGAGGGCAUCACCGAGCGCUGGCAGCGGCAGCCCCUGGAGGACGUCUACACGCAGCUAGACGUCACCUACGGGACAGACGUCAGCCCGGACGGGCGGCAUGAGGUCCUCCAGAUGGAGACGUGUCCCGCCGCGGCCAAGCAGUCUAUCCUGCCGUGUGACAUCUUCAAAAGCCCUGACGGGAACCGGCGACCGAUACGCACGAUGCUCACCGUCGGCUUCGCGGGAAUAGGAAAAACCUUCCUAGUUCAAAAAUUUGUGUGUGACUGGGCCAGCGGGAAUACCAACCAGGACGUGCACUUCAUAUUUCCCUUCACAUUCCGUGAGUUAAACACGAACAAAGGGAAACGUUUUACGCUGGCCGAGCUCAUCCGAUGCUACGUUUGCGAAAGUAGGCACAUGGGCGAGGAGACGCUGAACAUUAUAUUAGACGACCUGCAGAAGUCCGGGAAACAGGACUAUGAAAGCAGCAGGAUCAAGAUCUUGUUUAUCCUCGACGGACUGGAUGAGUGCAACUUCAAAAUGAACUUGAAGAAUACGAAGAAAGUGGGCAUGGAUGUGAAGGUGGCCUACCCGCUGGAGGUGCUCCUGGCGCACCUCAUCAAGGGCAACCUGCUUCCCUGUGCCCGGGUUUGGAUCACCACGCGGCCCACAGCGGCCCGCGAUAUCCCCUCCAACCUCAUCGACAGCAGCACAGUGGUGAGAGGAUUCAGCGAUUCCCGGAGGCUGCAGUAUUUUAGGAAAAAGUUCCCAAAUGAGGAACGCGUCAUUGAGCACAUUCAGAAAUCUCGCACUAUCUUCAUCAUGUGCCACAUUCCCAUGUUCUGCUGGCUCACCGCCACAGUUCUUCAGGAUCAUUUGGACAAAGGGAAGGAGGGAGAGCUUCCCACAACACUGACUGACAUGUACUCAGCAUUGGCAGGUCACCACCUGGAAAACUCCAAGGAGAGAAAUACAACGGAGCACAUCCCUUACGUGAAAGUGUUAGCAAAACUGGCUUUUCACCACACCAUGAAUAAUCGUCGGAUCUUCUACGAAAAGGACCUGGUGGACGGCAGCUUUGAUUACAGCGAAGCUGCAAAACACUGUGGUUUAUUCACAGAGGUGUUUAACGAUGUCCAUCCGCUCAGAAGAAAAGAACAGGACAAGAUGUUUCAAUUUAUCCAUCUAACCAUCCAGGAGUAUCUGGCCGCACUGUACGUAAUGAUGUGUCUCUUCCACGACAACAAGAACGUACUGAAUGAUUCAGGAUUGUCACUGGGGAAUAGUUUUUCAACACAGACGACAAUCACCGACGUCCACAAGUCAGCUCUCAAGAAAGCUUCGGAGAGUGAAGGACACCUGGACCUGUUCCUCCGCUUCCUCAUCGGCCUUUCCUUGCCGUGCAACCAGGAACUAUUGGGGGAACUGCUGAAGGCUCCACAGGGCUGCGGGCAAAGCAAGUCAAAGACAGUCGAGUUGAUCAAGAAAAAGAUCAAACAGAACACUCCAGAGAAGAACAUCAACCUGUUCUACUGCUUAAACGAGCUGAAGGACAACUCCUUGCAGAAGCAGAUCCAGCAGGAACUAGAUUCAGGACGUUUGUCCUGGCGUCAAAUGUCAAAUGAAAUGUGGUCGGCCCUGGCCUUCUUCUUGUUUACAGACGAGGAAACCAUGAAGUCUUUUAUUCUUGCCAGCUACUCCCCAUCGCCGCUGGGGCUCGAGAAGCUGCUGUUGGUGGUCAAGGCUUCUCAAAAAUCAGUUCUAGCCAACUGUGACCUGGACAAACGCAGUUGUCACCUGAUGGCUUCCGUUCUCAACGCUCCGUCCAACCUGAGGCAUCUGGACCUAAGUGUCAACAACAAUGUGUCGGACGAGGGGGUCGAGAUCCUCUCAAAAGGAUUGGCCAGUCCGCACUGCAUCUUACAAGUCCUCAAGCUAUCACAGUGCGGGAUCACCAGUGGAGGAUGUGUUUCAUUGGCUGAGGCUCUCAAGUUGAACCCCAUCCAUCUUCAAGAGCUUGACCUGAGCGGCAACAAUCUGUCAGAUGAGGGGGUUGAGAUCCUCUCAAAAGGACUGGCCAGCCCACGCGGCAUCUUAAAAGUCCUCAGGCUGUACGACUGUGGGAUCACCAACAAAGGAUGCAUUUCAUUGGCCAAGGUGCUCAAGGUAAAACCCUGCCAUCUUCAAGAGUUGAUUCUCAGCGACAAUCGAAUAGAGGAAGAAGGAAAGAGGGUCUUAUUGGAGAUCAGGGAGGAUCCAAGCUACAGUCUGAAGACUGUCAAGAGGUCAGCGUCGGGUUCUUUGCAGCAACGCCGCUACUGGGAGGCGGAGUUCAAGGGGAAGGUCUAUGACGUUUCCACCAAACUGUGUGCAGAUGUUUUCAUCCAUAUGUACUGGGAGGGGCCAUCCAAAAAGGAACUCUUGGGGGAACUGCUAAAGGCUCCUCAGGACUGCGGGCAAAGCAAGUUAAAGGCAGUCAAGUUGAUCAAGGAAAGGAUAAAACGGAACCCUCCGGAGAAGGACAUCAACUUGUUCUACUGCUUAAAUGAGUUGAAGGACGCCUCCUUGCUGAAGCAGUUCCAGAACAAAUGCGACGACGAAACCAUGAAGUCCUUUUACCUGGGGAAAUACGUCCCAUUGCCUUUAGAGCUCGAGAAGCUGUUGUUGGUGGUGAAAGCUUCUCAAAAAUCAAAUGGCAAACUGCCAAUGGCCAACAACCGAUGCAUAGGGCAGCAGCCCAUUACUAGUUUGUCACAGAAGCCCAAGAAGAACCCUCAAUUCUAUGAGGACUUCAAGGGUUUCAUGGACAGAGUCAUCCAAAAGGGCAAUGAUAUUCAAGUUGUAGAUGACCAGCUAAACAGUGGUUUACCAGGAGGAAGAAUGGCUCUGGACAGUGAGCAGAAGAAGCUUCUGUUGAAAACGCUGAUGGAUCUUGGGGUACGUAAAAACCCCCUCCGUGUGUACAUUGCUGACAAGCUGGUGAUCAAGCGCGGCGAGAACACUCUGGAUGAGACCAUCAAGAUUCUGGAGAAGAUAGGCAACAAGAACUUGGUCAAGAUGUUGCGUCGCAACAUGCUGGAAAUAAGAGGCACUGUCCAUUAUGAUGUUCAGAUUGCCAUAUUCAAGGAUGACCUGCAAGACAAACUGCGGGAUGUAUACAGCUUUGUUCAUGAGGGCAACAUCGAGCUCUGGCAGAAACAGCCUCUGGCGGACGUCUACACAGAGCUGGACGUCACCUACGGAGCCGACGUCAGCCCCGAUGAGCGACACGAGGUCCUUCAGCUGGAGACACGUGCAGCCGCGGCCAAUCAGUCUAUCCUGCCGUGCGACAUCUUCAAAAACCAUGACGGGAAGACCCGCCCGAUACGCACACUUCUCACCAUUGGCUUUGCUGGAAUUGGGAAAACCUUCUUAGUUCAAAAGUUUGUGUGCGACUGGGCCAGCAGGAAUACCAAUCAGGAUGUCCACUUCAUAUUUCCCUUCACCUUCCGUGAGUUGAACACGGACAAAGGGAAAAAUUUUACGCUGGCCAAGCUGAUCCGACGCUACGUUUGCGAGAGUAGGCACAUGAGCGAGGAGACACUGAACAAUAUAUUUGCCGAACUGCAGAUGUCCGGGAAGCAGGACUACGAAAGCAGCGGGAUCAAGAUCUUGUUUGUCUUGGACGGACUGGACGAGUGCAACUUCGAAAUGGACUUGAAGAAUGAGAUGAAAGUAGACAUGAACGUGACGGAGGCCUACCCGCUGGAGAUGCUCCUGGCGCACCUCAUAAAAAGGAACCUCCUUCCCUGCGCCCGGGUUUGGAUAACCGCGCGGCCCGCCACGGCCCGCGAUAUCCCCUCGCACCUCAUCGACAGCAUUAUCGAGGUGAGAGGAUUCAGUGAUUCCCGGAGGCUGGAUUACUUCAGGAAAAAGUUCCCAAAUGAGGAGCGUGUCAUUGAGCACAUCCGGAAAACUCGCACCAUCUUCAUCAUGUGCUGCAUGCCCAUCUUCUGCUGGCUAACCGCCAAAGUUCUUCAGGAUCAUUUGGAUUUGAAAAGAAAGGAGGAAGAGCUUCCCACGACGCUGACCGACAUGUACUCACGGUAUGUGUUUCACCAACUGAAAAGCUCAGAGGAGAGACAGAUGACGGACUACAUCCAUGACCUGAAAGCGCUAGCGAAGCUGGCCUUUCACCACACCAUGAACAAGAGUCAGAUCUUCUACGAAAACGACCUGACGGACAGUGGCUUUGAUUACAGCCAAGCCGCCAAACAUUGUGGAAUAUUCACCAAGGUGUUUAAGGAGGUACGUCCGCUCAAAAGAAACCAACCGAGCAAGAUGUUUCAGUUCGUCCACCUGACCGUCCAGGAGUAUCUGGCCGCAUUCCACGUGAUGAUUUGCCUCUUCCUCGACAACAAGAACAUUCUGGCUGAUUCAGAGCUGGCACUGGAGGGUAUUUUCCAAGAGGAAGAAUCAGAAGAACCAGAAUCAGAGGAAGAAGUUGAAAGGGAAUCAGAAGAUGAAGGAAAAGGUACAGAGGAAGAAGUUGAAACAGAAUCAGAAGAUGACGAUGAAGAGAGCCUCAGAGAGUGGAGGAAAUCUGGACCUGUUCUCCGUUUCCUCUUUGGCCUUUCCUUGCCGUGCAACCAAGAACUAGUGGGGGAACUGCUCAAGGCUCCCCAGGACUGCAGGCAAAGCAAGUCAUGGACAGUCAAGUUGAUCAAGGAAAGGAUAAAACGGAACCCUCCGGAGAAGAAUAUCAACUUGUUCUCCUGCUUAAAUGAGCUGAAGGACGACUCCUUGCUGAAGCAGGUCCAGAGGAAAAUAGAGUCAAAAUAUAUUGACUGGGACAACAUGCAAAAUGACAUGUGGUCUGCCCUUGCUUUUUUCUUAAUGACAGACGACGAAACCAUGAAGUCCUUUGACCUGUCUAAAUACAACCCAUCGCCUUUGGGGCUCAAGAAGCUGUUGGUGGUGGUCAAGGCUUCUCAAAAAUCCGCUCUAAGGUUUUGUAACCUGGACAAACACAGCUGUCACCUGCUGGCUUCCGUUCUCAGCUCUCCAUCCAACCUGAGGCAUCUGGACCUGAGCGGGAACGAUCUGUCGUACGAAGGUGUGGAGAUCCUCUCGAAAGGACUGGCCAGUCCACGCUGCAUCUUACAAGUCCUCAGGCUGAUAAACUGCGGAAUCACAAAGCGAGGGUGUGCUUUUUUGGCUGAGGCUCUCCAGUUAAACCCCUCCCGUCUUCAAGAGCUGGUCCUGAGCGGCAACCAUCUGUCGGAUGUGGGAGUGAAGAUCCUCUCAAAAGGACUGGCCAGCCCACACUGCAUCUUACAGGUCCUCGAUCUAUGGGAUUGUAAGCUCAGAAAAGGCAGCUGUCACCCGCUGGCUUCCGUUCUCAGCACUCCAUCCAACCUGAAGCAUCUGGACCUGAGCGAGAACAAUCUCUCUGACGAGGGGGUAGAGAUCCUCUCUAAAGGACUGGCCAGUACGCACUGCAAAUUAGAGUCCCUCAAUCUACAUGAUUGUAACCUGAAAAAAGGCAGCUGUCGCCCGCUGGCUUCAGUUCUACGCUCUUCAUCCAACCUGAAGCAUCUGAUCCUGUACGAGAACGAUCUGUCGGACGAAGGGGUGGAGAUCCUUUCGAAAGGACUGGCCAGUCCACACUGCAUCUUAGAGUCCCUCGAGCUGUCAUCGUGCAAGAUCACCAAUAAAGGAUGUGUUUUUUUGGCCGAGGCGCUCAAGUUAAACCCCUCCCAUCUUAAAGAGCUAUACCUGACGGACAAUCAAAUAGGAUAUGAAGGAGAGAGGGUCUUAUUGGACGUCCAGUGGGAUCUCAGCAAUCGCCUGAACACUGUCUGUGCUCAUAGUCCAAUCCUUUUGGACAGCCCCUCUCAGUACAAAUGGAUGAAAACAAAUGCCAGCAGUUUGGUGGGAACGUCGUUGAACUCCACCUCCAUGUGGCUGCAAAGAACCCGACGACGACGACCUCCUCGAAUUCUGUGAGCGAGGCCGCUUUGCCCGUAGCGCCGACACCUAGUCCUCGAGCAAUCGUCAGAGAGUACGUGAGACCAAACUAGAUCUGAAGGAGACCAAAUGGAUUCGACGUCUUCUAAUAAUGAACAUUUGGAAUGACUCGCCCUUCUUGACGCCAAGGACCAAACGUUGUUCUUAUUCCUAGUCGUUAAAUCUGAAGAAAGACACAAACAAUAGAUAUUGAACAUGAAUUUACACUCUGAUAAGCAACAUUGUUUAGAUCUUACUUGACAGUCUUCAGGCUAUAGCUGGGAUCCUCCUUGAUCUCCAAUAAAACCCUAUUUUGUUUUUCCUCUAUUUGGUUGUUGCUGAGAUUCAACUCUUGAAGAUGGGAGGGGUUUAACUUCAGAGCCACAGCCAAUGAAACACAUCCUUGAUUCGUGAUCCCACAGUAGCACAGCCUGCAACAAAUGAGAUGAUUCCCUUUAGUCAAGAAGGGAACCUGCUGAAAGUGAUGAAGGUUCUGCUGAAAGUAGGGGUGCAUGAUAUCCAUAUUUUGAAACCGAUACCGAUAACUUCCUGCUCCUCAAGACCGAUACCGAUAUGAUAUCUGAUAAUAUAUGUACAUUUUUUCAAUGUAUAUUCACCUGAGUUUUUGAACAAAUGUAGGUCAAAAAUACCAGUGAUUGAUUCAAUAUAGAUUUGCCUUUACUGAACCAGAAUUUUCAUGAUGACAUGAACAUUAUUAUAAUGAACAAAACAAAGACUAGAACAGUUUUGACUCCAAAUAAACUGUCCAUAUUCAUUUUUCAAAAAAUUAUGAUAAAUAUAUAAUUACAAAUAUAAUUUGAAUCAAUCACAAUCAGUCAAUAUCAUUGACGAUGUGUUCCCCUGAACAAUGAGCACCGAUCCUUAACAGACAUAAACCCAACAGGUAUUGUGCUUUGUCAGCAGAUAAAACAUUUGGUGCAACAGGCGAGGAGACUUCUGUCGUCUUGGUCCAUGAAACAACUUUCUUAACCUGGCAAUUACGUAUCAAUAACCAAAAGACCUCUCGAGAACUUGUAGACAUAACACUGUAAUGUGCAAACAUUUGCUAAUUGCUAUAGUAAGGUUUAUAACUCAGUGAAGGAAAAAUGCAGCCUCUAGAACAGGAAUAAAACUGCAUAUUGGCAAAACAGGAGUGGAAACGCACACAUCCCAAUCAGACACUGUGUUUAAAAAUAUUAAUAGGUCCGAUAACAUAUAUUAUCAGAUUUAUUGGGAUGACGUCAUAAUUCCUAUUAUCGGACCGAUAUUUAUCGUGCGCCUCUCGCUGAAAGUAACAUUGUGUCUGCCUUUUACUUCACUGAUACAGUGUUGAUGCGGGUCAUUAAAAAGCAUGAAGUCAUUCAAUGGAUUUUGUGAAAAUUGGGGCUUUAAAAAGGAUUCAACUAAAUGUUUCAAAGCCCUUCAAAUUAUGUAAACUUGACAGGAUUUUUUUUUUUUUUUUUUACAUAAUUGAUUCUAGUUAUGCUAAUAGCAGCAGUGAUUCCUUUGAUUAGUCAACGGGAUCCAUGGAAGAUUACGAACUGUUAUAGCUCCUUACUUGAGGACUUUUAAGAUGCAGUGUGGGCUGGCCAGUCUUUUCGAGAGGAUCUCAACCCCUUCAUCCGACAGAUUGUUGACACUCAGGUCCAGCUCUUGAAGAUGGGAGGGGGUUACCUUGAGUGCCUCAGCCAAUGAAAUGCAUCCUUUAUGGGUGAUCCCACAGUUGUGCAGCCUGUAACAAAUGAGAUAAUUGAGAUCAAGAAGGGAACCUGCUUAAAGUGAUGAAGGUUCUGCUGAAAGUAGGGGUGCACGAGAUCCAUUUUUUGAAUCCGAUAACUUCCGGCUCCUCAAGGCCAAUACCUAUAUGAUAUCCGAUAAUAUAUAUACAAUUUUGUAUAUGUAUUAUGUAUAUUCACCUGAGUUUUUGAACAAAGGUAGGUCAAAAAUACUAAUGGUUGACUAAGCAUAGAUUUGCCUUUGACCGUACCAGAAUGUUCAUGACAUGAACAUUAUGAUAUUGAACAAAACAAAGACAAGAACAGUUUUGACUUAAAAAAAACUGUCCAUCUCAAUGUUUUCAAAUAAAAAUAAUUUGAGUCACUCACAAUCAAUCAGUCAAUAUCAUUGACGAUGUGUUCCCCUGAACAAUGAGCACCGAUCCUUAACAGACAUAAACCCAACAGGUAUUGUGCUUUGUCAGCAGAUAAAACAUUUGUUGCAACAGGAGAGGAGACUUCUGUCGUCUUGGUCCAUGAAACAACUUUCUUAACCUGGCAAUUACAAAUCGAUAACCAAAAGACCUCUCGAGAACUUGUAGACAUAACACUGUAAUGUGCAAACAUUUGCUAAUUGCUAUAGUAAGGUUUAUAACUCAGUGAAGGAAAAAUGCAGCCUCUAAAACAGGAAUAAAACUUCAUAUUGGCAAAACAGGAGUGGAAACGCACACAUCCCAAUCAGACACUGUGUUUAAAAAUAUUAAUAGGUCCGAUAACAUAUAUUAUCGGAUUUAUUGGGAUGACGUCAUAAUUCCUUUUAUCGGACCGAUAAGUAUCGUGCGCCUCUAGCUGAAAGUAACAUUGUGUCUGCCUUUUACUUCACUGAUACAGGGUUGAUGCGGGUCUUUAAAAAGCAUGAAGUCAUUUAAUGGAUUUUGUGAAAAUUGGGGCUUUAAAAAGGAUUCAACUAAAUGUUUCAAAGCCCUUCAAAUUAUGUAAACUUGACAGGAUUUUUUUUUUUUUUACAUAAUUGAUUCUAGUUAUGCUAAUUGCAGCAGUGAUUCCUUUGAUUAGUUAAUGGGAUCCAUGGAAGAUUACGAACUGUUAUAGCUCCUUACUUGAGGACUUUUAAGAUGCAGUGUGGGCUGGCCAGUCUUUUCGAGAGGAUCUCAACCCCCUCGUCAGACAGAUUGUUCUUGCUCAGGUCCAGCUCUUGAAGAUGGGAGGGGGUUACCUUGAGUGCCUCAGCCAAUGAAAUGCAUCCUUGCUGUGUGAUAUUGCAAUUCACCAGCCUGCAACAAAUGAGAUAAUUGAGAUCAAGAAGGGAAGCUGCUUAAAAUGAUGAAGGUUCUGCUAAAAGUAACAUCGUGUCUCCCUUUUCCUUGACUAAUACAGGUUUGAUAAG